ACCAGUCUCUCUCUCAUCUUUUUUACUCCUAGUUUCCUAAUCCUGCCACUUGCUUUCAACUCGGCUUUUCUCCCUUUCAUUUCUAAAUCACCACAAGGCUGCUGUACAAAUCUCCUAAUCUCUCCUUGGAUUUUUGUUGCUGGAUAUUCCCUUCCCAUCUCACCCAAGCCAUCAAGGAUUUGGGGGUUCACUGAUGGGCUGGGCAUGGGGCUGCCAAAUCAAUGAUGCACCAAAUCUCAACAGGGAUGAUGGAGCAGUGCCCAGAUCUGGUGGGAGUACCCGAAAGCAUGCACUGGUCGAUGCCACAUGUGAUGCCAUGUGUACUCCGUGGAUGUUCAGAUCAGUUGCCAACAAAUCAAUUUUAGGUGGGGAAAGCCUUCACCUUUGUCAUUUCGAGCUCUUCCUCUCUCAUUGUCCUUGUUCGCCCCCCCUCUCGCUGCUUCAAUUUUGCUCACCCCAUGUUCCUAAGCUUGUUGAUGUGCUGAUCUGGUUGUUCUAGUGUAGGAAAAAAAAAAUGGGAGUUGCCUGCCUUUCUCUGCUCAAUAGAGGAAGUUAGGUGAUUUUCGUGGUGGAUUUUUUUUCAAUGACAGAAGGAAAUGUGGAUUUUGAUAGAUUCUCAAAGAGCCAGAGGUGUUGUUCACUUGUCGGUGAGAGGUUAUGUUGAGUUCAUCAAGUGAUCAAUUAAAAAAAUGUUCACAACUGCAUAUAUGCCGGAGGAUUGAAUAUUCCUGUACAGAGAGUGGGGUGUUCUGGUACAAAGACUAGCAAAAAUAGAGUGCAGAAUUAUACAGUAUUUAUUCAUGCACAAAGACAGCAGUGAUUAACUGAGUAUACAUGUUUAUCCUUCCUGUUGUAUUGUACUCUUAAUUUCACGAUUAACCAUGCACCUGUCCGGCACCACAAAAUGUAGAUCUCUGUUAUUGUGGAAGCAUUUCGGAAGGAUUGAUCCUUCCCUUUGUUCAUCUGUUGUGCAUAGUUACUUUAGGUGCAAGUCUGACGACAGUUUUGCUCUUUUGGCAUAAGAGCAAAGAGUAUCCUCGUGUUCAUGUGUGAUGUAAAAUUGUGGAAAGAGAAUACUGCAGUCUGAAUUUCUGGGUCUAUAUAUUUGGUCUUGCUGAUUUAUCUAAUCUCUGUGAAGAGAAUACUCCGGUUUCUUAUAUCAAAUCCUGUUCAUACAAAAAGCAGGUCGGAGAAGGAACCCAUCACUGUUUUCAUGUUUUGAUCGAGGUGUUGCAUGCGUGGAUAAAAACAAAGGGAGAAAUGGUACACCUUGUGGGUUCAUCACUCUCAAGGUUGCAUUUGGGCUAGGUGAACCGUUAGUGGGCUGUCCCUGUGGGCCACUCGUUUUUAUGCUUAACGGGCCGCCAAUACACAAGAGUUUAAACCAGAGUGAAAGGGCAAACGGAAAAAAGAAAUGGCCAACUUGCCCACUCAAAAUGAUGCUAAAGCGGCAAAUUCGAGAUGCAGCAGCGAAUUGGUCCCAAACUAAUCAAUUAAUUUUGUUUCCCGCGGCAAGUCUGACAUUUCCUAUAGUUUAGCCGAUCGAGGGCUUAGGCUCCUCGACGCACUCUCACUCAGCUCAACUAGCUAUGGCUCCGGCCGCCGCCACCGCCGCAAAGUGGUCCGGCAAGCCCCCGGCUCUGCCUUCCCUGCUCCUCAUCCGCCGCGUGGACGCGUCCUUCGCCGCCGCGCUGCGCCAGCGCUUCCGCAUCCUCGACUUCUUCGCGUCGGGCGAGCCCCUCCCGGCCUUCCUCGCCGCCGCCGAGGCCCCUCGCGCCGCGGUCGUCAUGGGGGGCGGCGUCGUCCGCGUGGACGCCGCGUUCCUCGACGCCGCUCCCUCCCUCCGCUGCGUCUUCAGCACGGCCGCGGGCGUCGACUUCAUCGACCUCGGCGAGUGCGCGCGCCGCGGCGUCGCCGUUGCCAACUCCGGCAGGGUCUACUCCACGGACGUCGCUGACCACGCCGUUGGCAUGCUCAUCGACGUGCUACGGCGCGUCACGGCGGCGGAGCGGUUCGUCCGCCGCGGACUCUGGCCUCUGCAACGCGACUACCCACUCGGAUCCAAGCUAGGUGGCAAGCGUAUUGGCAUCAUCGGCUUGGGGAACAUUGGUUCACUGAUCGCAAAGAGGCUCGAAGCUUUUGGCUGUGUCAUCUACUACAAUUCCAGAAAGCCAAAGGAUUCAGUCUCUUACAGAUACUUCCCUAGUGUUCAUGAUCUUGCAGUGGAAUCAGAUGUGCUUGUCGUUGCGUGCGCGCUGAACAAGGAUACGAGGCACAUUGUGAACAUGGACGUUCUGGACGCCCUGGGGAAGGAUGGGAUCAUCAUAAACAUUGGUCGCGGAGCAAACAUCGACGAGGCCGAAAUGGUCAGGGCACUGAAGGAGGGCAGGAUUGCAGGAGCUGGUCUUGAUGUCUUUGAGAAUGAACCCGAGGUGCCAGCUGAGCUCCUGUCCAUGGACAAUGUGGUACUGACGCAUCAUGUUGCUGUUUCGACAUCGGAGUCCAGGGGAGACCUGCGUGACCAUACCAUUGCCAACCUUGAAGCCUUCUUUUCUGGUAAGCCAUUGCUUACGCCGGUGCUUCCCUAGUAAACCAUUUUACUGAUAAAAGUGUACGAUUUUGCACUCAAAAAUGGAUAUUUUGCAAUAC